AUGGCGGAGGAUCGUGCCGACCCAGACGCUCUCGAGUAUUACAUCAAGUUCCCCAACCCGAAUUUCGACUACCACAACGGAGACCAUGAUUUUGUGUUCGUGGUCAACGAGGAGAAGAUCCCCGUGGUGGUGCUGUUCGGCUGGGCCGGCUGCCAAGACAGGUACUUGGCCAAGUACUCGCAGAUAUACGAGGAGAAGGGACUUAUCACUCUGAGGUACACAGCGCCAGUGAAAUGCCUUUUCCUGAAAAGAAACCAGAUGGUCACCAUAGGCGAGAAACUAGUCAAGCUGUUGGUGGACUUAAAUUUCGAGAACCAUCCGAUCAUUGUUCACUGUUUCUCCAAUGGCGGAGCCUUUCUGUAUCAGAAUUUCUCCCUGGCCCUGGAAAAGAAUCCCAAACCCCUGCUGGUUAAAGGGACGAUAUUUGAUUCGGCACCAGGAAAACGAAGAUUCUUGAGUCUCUUUAGGGCGAUAUCGGCCAUCAUAGGUGGAAACGUAUUUUACAAUUUUUCUGUGUCAUUGAUUAUGACGAUGUUCCUGUCCAUAAUAUGGGUGUACGAGGUGAUAAGUAAUGUGAUAUAUCCUAGGACAUUCUUUCAAACGGACCUUUUUGGAAAUUUGAAGAAUGAGAAGAAUAAGUGGUCGCAACUAUUCAUAUAUUCCAAGAAUGAUGAUCUCAUUCCACAUAAAGACAUCGAAUAUUUUGCCAAUUAUAGGAAGAAAUUAGGAAUCGAUGUCACUACCGUAUGCUACGAGAAGAGUCUCCAUGUCAAACAUCUGGCAGAAAACAGAGAGAGUUAUGUGAGGAGUGUCUACAAUUUCAUCAAUAAAUGCUUGAACGGGAAUAAUUAG